GGUAUUUACUAUUUACCCCAAGUCGCUAUGGUUGAACGUUGGAUUAUUUUGGAUUCUGGGUUUUGAAUCGGCAACUGGAAGACAUGACGAUCGGAUUUCCGGUGGUUGAGGAUGGCGAUUGGCGAUGACCUACUAGAUGACCCCACUAAAACUCUGGAGAUGUGGCGGAUUGUGGCCAGUACCGAUAACGGGCUUAUCGAUCACGGUUGGUAUGGGCAAAUUGGAGAUCAACCGUCGGUGAACGGGUUGGAAAUUCCUGGCCUCAAAGAAGCGUUGGUCAAGAUUCUUCAUGACUUCCACCUUCAAAUCUCCCUUCUGGAGGGAUGCCAAACAAUCCUCAACGGUGACAGUUCCGACCUUGCCAAAACGCGAUCAAAGGGCCAGAAUAGCGGGUUUUUCAUGAAAUCAAGAACAAUUUGUGUGCUAUUUCAUGCCAGCUGCAUAGAUGGCAUGACAGACAUUUACAGCCACGAGGAGCCCAGUGAAGGCAUGAGUAUGCUCGCCAGUGGAGUAAGCGCUAAGAUUGCUUUGCAUUUCGUCAAUACUUUUGAUCAAGCAUCAUUUGUUUAA